UUCAAGCAACAGCUCUACGGAAAUGUCAUGGAAAUAUGUACUCGUUGCAGUUUCUAUCCUUCAAAUUGUUCACAGAGUCAAGACGCUGGGUCAAUUACAAAAGACGAUUAUUAGCACUCAAGAUGCAGUCUGCAACGACAAUUCGCGUGCGGUGUUCUACAUCGGACAACGACGGACUCAUAACUGGAUUAUUUUCUUUGAGAGCGGGGGUCUUUGUUCGUCGAAGGCAGACUGCAACAAGCGAUAUUUGAACAAGAAUUCGACUGUGUUAAUGUCUUCGAAGUAUCUGCCCGAAAAAGUAAUCGGAAGAGAUAUCUUGUCUUCUUCAAAAAGUGAAAAUCCGACUUUCUACAACUAUAAUCAUGUGCUGGUCCCUUAUUGUAGCAGUGACCUGUGGCUUGGUAAAAAAUCAACUAACCGGAACGGAUCCUUUGAUUUCGUGAGUGAUCCGUCCGUAGAUAACUUCAGUUUUAAAGGCCAUACGAUUUUUCGUUCAGUAUUCAAAGAUUUACACAAGAACUACAACAUUUCAUCUUCAGAAGAGAUCGUGGUUUCGGGAAGUAGUGCCGGAGGGAUAGGAGUUUUAAAUCACGCAAAUUGGCUUACAACAAACUUUACCAGUAACUUAUCAUCGAAGCCCAGAUUUCUUUUCAUAAUAGACUCAGCAUGGUUUAUAAACUUCCAAGAUGGCUUUAAAUCCAGAGUGAACUCUGAAUUUGGCAAAUUAACGAACAUUUCGUCGGCUGCAUGUGCAGAUAUGCGAUAUGGUUACGCAUGUUGCCUAUCAGCGUCGUGUCUCCUUACACACCACAUUUCGACCGCAAUGCAAAUGGCGUUUGUUUUUAGUUUGUACGACAUUUAUAUGUUUGCGGACGUGCUUAAAAGGCUUGAAAGUCAGGGAAAGACAGCCGAAAAUCACGUAGCAGAUUUUUUAUCUGCAGUAAGCAUGUAUGGCGGAGCCAUGAAUGAGUCACUUGAAAUUCCUCAAAGGCGUCGUGUUAGUUUUUUUGUCCCGGCUUGUUUUCAACACACUUAUUUGAGUACGUCAAGUCUUUGGGACAAAGACAGCGUUUUACAACCUUUGGUAGAAGUUACCCGAGACAAUGGAAAAUUCAGUCAUAGAGUUAAAAGUGGAACUUGGUCAUCAACAAAAAUUACAAAUGGGACUUCCAGCAUCAGCAUUCAAGAUUUCCUAUCUACCUGGGUGAAAUCCAGUAAUACCACCUUCAAGGUGAUUGACAGCUGCAUUGGUGCACACUGCAAUCCAACCUGCCCUGAUAAACUAAUUUUCGUGGAUGCAGGUGAAGUCUGGCAUGAUGUUAUUAAAGUAAUCAUCAUCACAUUUUCCUUGGUUAUCACAGUCCUUUGUUCUGGACUGAAAGCAAGUUUUAUGGUUUACUAUCGCUAUUUAAUGAAAAGACAGAAAAGUUAUCUCAAUGACAGUGAAACCUCUCAAGCAAGAAAGGAGCUUCCACUUUGCAAGGCGGGUGAAACUGUUAGUAUAGCUUGCUUGUCCUUAACAUAUGAAGUGGAUGUAAAGGAAAAGAAAAAGAAAAAGAAAACUGACGAUGACCUCAGCUCUGAAGAAACCAGCAGUGUGAUCAGAACAGAUAGGAACAGUAAAACAUCGCUUACACUUCGAGGUUGUCUUGUGGAGGAAGACUCUGGCAGCGAUGGACAGGAUUAUGAGGAAAGUAAAGAUGACGAGAUAGACGGCGACUUGAACUCUAUACCUUCCAAGUUGACAAAUGGUUCUACGAAUCUGGAAACAGAAUCGACGGAAACUUCCCAAGAAUCUCAAGCUGAGUCUUCGUUGGCCAAAUUGGACGGUCACUCCACUUGGGGGUCCCAUACGGGAAGUGUAGUGGCACUCUUACAAGAUAACAACACAGAAAUUAAACAAAUCCCUGUGGAUGCGGCUGAUGGUAACCCCUCUAAAAAGCAAAUUCUUAAAGGUGUGUCGGCGUAUUUCAAUACUGGAGAGCUGGUGGCGAUCAUGGGACCGUCUGGAUGCGGAAAGACAACACUACUUGACUUGUUAACAGGAAGGCGGCGCUCUGGACAUUUUAAGGGCCAGGUGUACAUCAACGGAGUUGGCCUGGGUCAAGUACAAGACUGGUAUGCUCGUAAGAUUGGUUAUGUGUUACAGCUGGCUGUGCCUUAUUAUGAGGAGCUCACUGUCCGGCAGAAUCUCUUUUUUGCUGCUCACAUGCGGCUACCCAAAGAAACAAGUGCUGCAAAGAAAUACGAACGCGUUGAACAAAUUAUUGCUGAGACUGGAUUGACACAAAUGGCUAACACGGUUGUAGGAGGAUCAACGGGCCUGGGUUUGAGUGGAGGCCAAAAACGUCGCCUAUGUGUAGCUCUCCAGUUGAUUAACAUGCCCUCAGUGCUUUUUCUCGAUGAACCAACCUCAGGUCUGGACGCAUCGUCUUCCCUAGAGCUGUUGAAUCAUCUCAAUCUUGUUGCUGAAUCAGGCAGACUUGUUAUUCUCACUAUUCAUCAGCCCCGGCUAGAAAUCUUCCAUCUUUUUCACAAGAUUCUUUUCCUGUGCGAUGGUCAGGUAGCCUACUAUGGGGAACCUUCUAUGGCACCAGAACUUUUUAUCAAAGCUUACACUGCAACUUCUGAGGAAUACCAGCUGAGUGAGGAAGCACCGAAAAUUGACGCAAAAAAUCCCGCAGAUACCAUUAUGGAUUUACUGAAUUGCGGUGUAGCUCGUCGUGCCAUUUUGGAAUAUUACCAAAGAAGCGGAGAGCCACUGGCAGUCCAGGAAGCCAUUAAAACAUCGCAGGAGAAGGCCAGUAAGACGGUUACCAUGGAGAAAAUGAAAAUGAUUGUCGAUGGAGCCGGGUCAUUCAACAGAAUCUUUGUGCUGGAGAGCAGAACUUCUGUAAAGCAAACAUUGGGACAGAUCUUGUACUUUCCAUUAAUAUUUUUCACAUUUGGGAUCAUCGUAGGAACUGUUUACUGGCAAGCUGAGGAGAGAGAUGGAAUUUUGCUGAUGUCUGCGUACUGUGUGUACUGCUGUGCCAGUCCCUUGUUUCUAAGCUCUGUCCUGAUGGCGCACCUCAACAAAGCUUUGGAUAUUUUUCGCCUUGAACGUCAAGACGGUUGUGGUCGAUCUUACGAGAACGUGGUACAAACGUUUGUUCGGACGACAGCAUUAUGUGCUUUACCGGUGAUCAUAUGUUCCACUAUGUCUUACUUAAUGGUCAUGACGUCGUAUGAUUUGUGGAAGUUCCUUUUGGUAACAAUCAUCUCAUUGGUUUUGAACCAAACCUGGAUUGCAGUCUACAUGAUGGUGAUUUGUGCACAUCCGGGAAUCUCUCAUCGCAUUUGUCCAAUGGUAUCCGCCAUCGGAGGCUUCGCGGGGGGCUUUUUAGUACCCAGACCUCAAAUGCCAGUUGUAUACAACCUUCUAUUUUACAUCAAUCCCCAAUUUUAUGGCUACUCAGCAAUGACUAAAGUCCUGUUGUUAAAUGUUCGAUUGAAAUGUGAAUAUGAGUCCACACUGAACUGUAUCAGUACGGACGGUAAUGCUGUACUGGCCAGGUUUGGCUUUGAUACCGUCAAUGUCUACGAACACUUGGUGAUAAUGCUAGGGAUGACAGUGUUAUCUUUGCUUCUCGCUUGGUUGUUUUUAGAAGCGAAAAACUUCACCAUCCCCUCCCUCACUAAAACUCCCCCAGCCUUUUUAACCGAGCCUGAAGAGGAGAAAUUGGAGGUUGCGGUUGUGCCAAUGACGCCAAUUGACGAAACCUUAGUCGAUGAGGACGAGGAUGAAAUACUACCGGAGAUACCCUUAAAAGCAUUCACUCGCAACCGGAGAUCCGCAAAAUCCAGGCUUGGACUGAUCAGUGGCAACCAAGGUUUCCAUUCUGUCAAGCUUCCCUUACACAGGCGUCAGUCUAGUGAUGCGAAUAGCGUCCAAAACACUGAACAAGCAAUCGAUGGCGAGAAUGUUGACUACGUUGUACGCCGAAGGCGAUUGGUGAGCAUUUCAGGGAAAGAACUUUGGAGAUCCACCAAACAGCGCGUAGAGGAGAGGAAAAUGGACUUUGACAAGCGUUUGUCACAAGUUGAGAAAAUCGCCCGGCGCUACACAAUAAAACACUCCCAAUCCGUGCGAAGGAGAGCGAAGGAGAAGGCAGUCGUUGCUCGAAGAAGUACCAUGGCUGCAUCGGCUUCAAAUGAAGCUAACAGGCCAGAGUUUAUUACCAAAAGAAAUAGUCGCUUCCAAGAUGAUUGCAGGAAGGGGCUGUUUCAGGAGGUGAUUGAAGAAUCGGAAGUGGACGGAGGAAGCGGUGAGACGAACAAGGAUGAGGUGCGAGACCUUCUUAACCAGGAGACUGAAGCUGGAAAGAAGCAAAGGGAAGAAGAAAGCGCUACUGGAUCCAGUGAAGGAGAUGUCUUGCAACUACACACUGUGAAGAUACCUUUCGACAAUGAAGCUAGAGGCUUUGAAAUUCAAGAGCAAGGACGAUCUAGAGGAGAUGAAGAAGGCGCUGGCCAGCAACAUGUGUCUGGUUGUGAGGCUCAGAAGGAUAAACAAAAAUCUGUGAAGAAAGUCUCCAUCAUAGAAUAUACUGAAAGUCUGGAUGUAUAACACGGCGGAAUUUCCUCAAUUUUACAAUUUCCAAAUAUCAAGGACGACACAUGCAGAUGUAAAGCAGGAGAACCAGAUUUAAAUUUUUGCAUUUUUUAUUUUGUAUUUUGGAAUAAUGUGCAGUUAACUGUGAAGAUUGUGCAUGAUAAAUAAAUCAGUAUUUAUAAAGACGUUGUGACAUCAGAGAAGUCAACUGAUAUUAAAGCCUACUUACUCAGCA